AUGUGCACAUGUUCAUUAUGUUCCAAGACAUUUACUUCGAAAUCUUCAUUAACAACUCACAUGAGGAGUCAUUACGGCGUCAAGCCGUACCAGUGCGACAUAUGUAAGAAGAGAUUCACUCGAAAUACUUCAUUAAACUACCACAAGCUUGUUCAUGAAGAGAAAUUUCGGUUUACCUGUAAACUUUGUGAUAAACAUUUCAGACACCGUGGUCAUUUCAAUGACCAUGUUUUGAAGCAUUUUAUAGAUGAACCAUUCGAAUGUGGACGAUGUCACAAGACGUUUCCGUCGCGUCAAAAAUCAAGGGACCACGUUAAAGUAUGUAAUGCAACAGAUGCUACUCCGAGUAAAACAAUGCAGCAAAAAGUCCACGAAGCCCAUUGGCAGUACUUUCUGAUGACCGUCGGUUUAUAA